GGUGAGCAAGCAUUGUGGCUUUAUCUGUUUCCUGUUUCAGCGAGGCUUCUGCGCAAAGAGAAACAGUACCAAGAAGGGAAAUGCUAAGGGGACGCAGAGCCAUGGAUUGAAAGCUUGCGCUUGACUCGGCUGCUGUCUUGCCCCAUCUGAGACCAGAACCAAGAUCUACCCAGGAGCUGGAAGGCUUUUCUGAGCUGCUUGGGUUGGAGCCUGGGACCCAAGAUCCCGACAGCUAUUCCAGGAACUGGAAGCCAAGCACAACAGGUGCUCAGGAGCUCCUCAUGAUCAGCCCAGACCCCAGGCCUCCCGCUGGCUUGGCCCGGUGGGCCGAGAGCUACGAGGCCAAGUAUGAGCGCCGACAGGAGACCCGUGAAAGCCGCCGCUGCCGCCCCAACAUGACCACUUGCCGCCAGAUGGGGAAGGCGCUGAGGACCCAGCACACAGAGCAGCUCCAGAGAGCCCGACAGCAGCAGUUCUUCAGGAGAAGGAACCUGGAGGUGGAGGAGAAAGACAAAACACAGAGAGGCCCGGACAGGGAGCAAAGUCCCUCCAGGAGGACAGGCCAGGAGGCUGAACUCAAGAAGCUCUUGGCUUUGGCCAACAGGAUCCCUCCCCCCAGACAGCAGGUGCCAGGGACCAGCUCUGAGGUCUUUCCAACUCAACAUCACCCUCUCUCAAGCGUCCGGAGGGAUCUGGCCAAUCAUCUCCCCUCCCAGGCCCAGGGCCUUCAACCACAGGACUUUCCCAUCAAGAAGCCACCCAAACACCAUCGUGGCACUCAGACAAAGGCAAAAGAAGCACAGCCCACAACUAAGAAUGAUGCCAGUCAGCAAACCAAUUGUGGAGUUGCGGUUCUAGAUAAGGAAAUCAUCCAGCUUUCCGAGUACCUCAAAGAGGCCCUACAAAGAGAGCUGGUUCUAAAACAGAAAAUGGUGAUUCUUCAAGACCUACUGUCCACCCUGAUCAGAGCCUCUGACAGUUCCUGGAAGGGACAGCUUAAUGAAGACAAAUUGAAGGGCAAACUGAGAUCCUUAGAAAACCAGCUGUACACCUGUACCCAGGGAGCAGACAGUAGAGACUUGCAGAUGAACCAGGCUCUGCAACUUCUGGAGAAUGAGCACCAGGAACUGCAGGCCAAGAUUGAGUGCCUACAGGGAGACAGAGACCUGUGCAGCUCGGACACCCAGCACCUCCAAGAUCAACUAAAGAGGUCCGAGGAGGAGAAACUCGCCCUGGUGACCAAAGUACAGCAGUUGCAGAGUCUGCUUCAGAGUCAAUCCUUACAGCUUCAAGAGCAGGAGAAACUCUUAAUAAAGAAAGAUCAGGCUUUGUCUGUGCGGAGUCCAAAGCCCUCCCUUAACGAAGUGGAGCCUGAGGGUACAGGGAAGGAGAAAGACUGGGAUUUCAAAGACCAGCUGCAAAAGAAGACUUUGCAGCUCCAGGCCAAGGAAAAGGAGUGCAGAGAACUGCAUUCAGAGUUAGACAACCUCAGUGAUGAGUACCUCUCCUGCCUGCGUACGCUGCAGCACUGUCGAGAAGAGCUGAACCAGAGCCAGCAGCUGCCUCCCAGAAGGCAGUGUGGCCGAUGGCUAUCAAUGCUGAUCGUGAUGAUUGCUAUAGCACUAGCAGUGUUCCUGGCCAAUAAGGACAGCCUGAUGAUCUGAAUAACUUGUGACAGCCACCUUGGGUGAAAAUCAGGAGCAAAAAACUCAAUAAAAAAACUCAGAAGGUUUGGAUACUUUCAAGUGUGGGUUUUCCCAACUCAACUGAGAUUUCUAACUUUAUUAUUUUUUUCCACCUACUGUAAAAUAAACAAAUAAACUUCGCCU